AUGGGCUGCCGGGAUGUUCAUGCAGCGACCGUCCUGGCCUUCCUCAGUGGGACCGCCUCAGUAGCUGGACUCCUUGCAGCAGUUCUUCUUCCAAACUGGAGGCAAAUGAGACUGUACACUUUCAACAAGAAUGAGAGGAAUGUGACGGUUUACACUGGACUUUGGAUUAAGUGUGCUCGCUUUGAUGGGAGCAGAGACUGUGUGAUAUAUGACCCAGAGUGGUACACUGCUGUUGAUCAACUGGAUUUGCGUGUUCUUCAGUUUGCCCUUCCACUGAGUAUGUUAACUGCUGUCUCAGCUCUGUUUCUCUGCUUGAUUGGCAUGUGUAACACAGCCUUUGUGUCGAGCGUGCCAAACGCCAAAUUGGCCAAAUGCCUUGUGAACAGUGCAGGCUGCCACCUCGUGGCUGGCCUCUUGUUCCUGCUUGCCUGUGCCAUUUGUCUCACUCCAUCAAUCUGGGUCAUUUUUUAUAACAACUACUUGAAUAGAAAAUAUGAGCCUAUCUUUAGCUUUGACAUCUCUGUGUUUAUUGCCAUUGCCAGUGCUGGUGGUCUGUUUUUCACUUCCAUUAUGCUGUUUCUGUGGUACUGUGCAUGUAAAAGUCUACCUUCUCCUUUCUGGCAGCCUCUCUAUUCCCAUGCCCCUAGCAUGCACAGCUAUGCCUCCCAGCCAUAUUCUGCGCGCUCUCGCCUCUCUGCCAUGGAAAUUGACAUUCCUGUUGUGACACAUGCAACUUAA